AUGGCACCCCGUCCGACGGCGAUGGCGCUGCUCCAACGGCGACAGCGCUGCUCCAACGGCGACGGCGAGACAAGGCACGUACGCGAGGUGCGGUGGGCGGGACCACGCGGCCGGUCGGAGGCUGGAUCGCGGCCGCUCUGCACGGCCCGUGACGCUCCCGGGGUGGCGAGAAAGGACGGCUACUCGCGUCUGCCAACGGCGAUGGCACCCCGUCAGACGGCGAUGGCGCUGCUCCAACGGCGACAGCGCUGCUCCAACGGCGACGGCGAGACAAGGCACGUACGCGAGGUGCGGUGGGCGGGACCACGCGGCCGGUCGGAGGCUCGAUCGUGGCCGCUCUGCACGGCCCGUGACGCUCCCGGGGUGGCGAGAGAGGACGGCUACUCGCGUCUGCCAACGGCGAUGGCACCCCGUCAGACGGCGAUGGCGCUGCUCCAACGGCGACAGCGCUGCUCCAACGGCGACGGCGAGACAAGGCACGUACGCGAGGUGCGGUGGGCGGGACCACGCGGCCGGUCGGAGGCUCGAUCGCGGCCGCUCUGCACGGCCCGUGACGCUCCCGGGGUGGCGAGAGAGGACGGCUACUCGCGUCUGCCAACGGCGAUGGCACCCCAUCCGACGGCGAUGGCGCUGCUCCAACGGCGACGGCGAGACAAGGCACGUACGCGAGGUGCGGUGGGCGGGACCACGCGGCCGGUCGGAGGCUCGAUCGCGGCCGCUCUGCACGGCCCGUGA